GCGCCCGGCAUUCGCACUCUGCUGCUGACAGCACGCACUUGAUGUAACUAUUUAAAACUGGCUCUUAAAUUCAGAUGCAAGACUAGAAUAAAUUAGAAUAAAAAAAAUAAACUUUGACUUUUGAUUCAGUCAAGUGAAAUUCUUUAGCAUCUUGCAUAGUUCGAGAACACAGAACGCUUUGGCACAAACGAGUAUGGACAGUUUCAGCAUGUGCGUGGAAAAGAUGAUAAACAUCAAGAACUUGUGGAUAUAAUAGGACAGAAGAACUGUGCUCAUUCGUAAAAUCCUAUGGCUUGAAGUUUCAGGCUUCUUCCCUGGCCACAGCUCAUGGAUUUCCUCACGGAGUAUCCCUACAAUGACACUUAUUAUGACAACAGGACCGGGGCACUCAACAGCACAAGCUGUGAGGCCAAGCAUCAGUAUAACUACUAUGCCAUGCUCCUGACUCUCCUCAUCUUUGUCAUUGUCUUCGGCAAUGUGUUGGUGUGCAUGGCUGUCUCCCGAGAGAAAGCGCUGCAGACCACCACUAAUUACCUCAUUGUCAGCCUGGCGGUGGCAGAUCUUCUUGUGGCUACAUUAGUUAUGCCCUGGGUGGUGUACCUUGAGGUGGUGGGGGAGUGGCGUUUCAGUAAAAUCCAUUGUGACGUGUUCGUCACCCUGGACGUCAUGAUGUGCACAGCCAGCAUUCUUAAUCUGUGUGCUAUUAGUAUUGACAGGUACACGGCUGUUGCCAUGCCGAUGUUGUACAACACACGCUACAGCUCCAAGAAACGAGUCACGGUAAUGAUCUCGGUGGUUUGGGUGCUUUCGUUCACUAUUUCCUGCCCCCUGCUGUUUGGAUUAAAUAACACAGCUACACGGGAUGAGACCAUAUGUGAAAUCGCCAACCCCGCUUUUGUUGUCUACUCCUCCAUAAUGUCAUUCUAUGUGCCCUUCAUCGUCACCCUUCUCGUGUACGUGCAGAUCUACGUGGUUCUUCGCAAGCGGCGAAAACGGGUCAACACUAAACGGAGCUGCCAGAAGACAGACUCUGAUGCUCAGCCCCCUCUCAAGGAAAAGUGCACUCAUCCUGAAGAUGUGAAACUGUGCACAGUUAUCAUUAAGACCAACGGGGGUUUACCUGCCAAAAACAAGAAAGCACAGCUGAUAAAGGAGGUCCUGCACCAAGGUGCUGAUGUUGGAGUGGACAUCGUGGCAGGCACCAGCCCUCCUGAGAAAAAGAAACUGGCAUCCACUCUGGUCGUCGACCUGCUGCCCAAACCAAGUCCAAUCCAUGCCUCUCCCACCCAUGGUGAAUGCCAGUCAAAUGGAGAUGAGAAAAAUGGGCAUACCAAGGAGGUUAAGACCCCUAAAGAAGCCAAACCUGUUGAAACUCAGGCACUGCCCAAUGGCAAAACCCGAACUACAGUGACCAAAACCAUGAGCAAGAGGAAGAUUUCGCAGCAUAAAGAAAAGAAGGCUACUCAGAUGCUGGCUAUUGUUCUAGGUGUUUUCAUUAUUUGCUGGCUGCCCUUUUUUAUUACUCACAUUUUGAAAACUCACUGCACAAGCUGCGUGGUGCCACUGGAAAUGUACAAUGCCUUCACUUGGCUGGGAUAUGUAAACAGCGCCGUCAACCCCAUCAUAUAUACCACUUUCAAUGUGGAGUUCAGAAAGGCUUUCAUAAAGAUAUUGCACUGCUGAGGACAUUAUUCACUGCACGCAUAGAGGAGGUGGAGAUGGAGGUUUUCGAAAGAGGUUAGUGCCAUCUUUCAACGCCAUGUGAAAUGAAGGAUUUAAAAAGCCAUGCUUUUAGGGCAGAGCAGAAGAACUCAUUACAGAAAAUGGAGGUUCAAAUGAAUGUCACCGUAGAAUUUUAUUUGCGAAUUUCCAUUAUUUCUGCCAGCGGAGUGCACAUGUGAACGUGUUUAUUCUCUUUGGCACUGGAGUGUAAAUGUGAUUAAUUGUAGAAUUGAAUUACAUUUGAAAUGAUCAGUAAUUGGAUCUUGCCACAAAGACUUUUAUGCAAGCAGAGAUCUGAAUGUCGUAAUUACAUCAUUAUAUCAAUUUAGUGGCAAACUGGUUACAAAGUGCUUGCAGCUCUGUUUAUUCAAGUAUUUAUUUAAUCACCAAUCUAUUUAUUUGUUUGGGAACUUGUUAAUUAAGAGAUAGCUAUUGUAAAGAAAAAUACAUAAAGUGAAAAUGCCAUUUAUGGUUUUAUAAAGCCAGGACUCAAAGAUAUUAAAGGUGCACUCAGUAAUGUUUUGUUUCUCAGCUGUUUGGACUGUCAUUCUGACGGCAUCCAUUCACUGCAGAGGAUUCAUUGGUGAGCAAGUGAUAUAAUGCUAAACUUCUACAAAUCCGUUCCGAUGAACUAACAAACUUAUCUACAUUUUGGAUGGCCUGAGGGUUAAUAAAUGUUAAGCAAUUUUGGGGUUAACUAUUCCUUUAAGAAAAAGGUUUAAAUUAACAAUGCGUCUUGUAGAAAUGUGCUGUUUGUGGUCAGUUGUGUAUAAAUUAUUUCAUGAGCUAAUGAUGUGAUAAUAGCCAAAAUAAACUAGUAUUUGUCUGGUCAUGUGAUCUCAGCAUGUCUGCCCAAUUAGGUACCCACUCGCUCCGCACUUUUUAUCAGAGCAUACAGUAUAAUUUUUUUUCAGUUAUUACUUUGUGUAAAAUGUUUUUAAGAACAAUACAUUUAUUUAUUUAUUUUUUAAACAGAAUGCACCUUUCAGCAAACAGAAAUGAAUGCCUUUGACUUACCGACUAUUAAGGACAAUGUAAAUAGGACUUAAAUAGUUUUAUUGAAGCCCAUGACAAAAAUUAUCAUGCAUGUUGCAUUUGUACUUCACUACACUGCAGCCAAUGUAUGUCUAUUGUGAUUGUGUGUGUGUGUGUGUGUGUGUGUGUGUACAGUACAUUACGAGUACACAAACUUAUCUGAGCUAUAUAAAGUUGUAUCUUUAUACUGAAGUAGGUGUUUUUAUUUGACGUGACAGAUCAUUUUUGUGGUUGAAAAAAAAGCACAAUUAAUUUGUGGGGGUGGUGCAAUUUCCCAUGUUAAUAACUGUGUUCCAUUUUAACAUGGCCAUAGAUAUCCACUGCUGGAUCAAAAUUCUGAAUAAUAAAAAUGUUGAAAUCAUCUUUUAUGAGAGAAAAAAAAAGUUUCAGGACAGAGUGAUUUAUUAUAUAGUACAUGAUAAUGACCAUUAACUUUGUUGCUUGUGAAGGUAAUAAUUGCACUUUAAUUUAGUUUCUUUUAUUUUCUUUGUUGAGAAAAAUGUCAUUACUGGUGUGAUGUAUAAAAUUGUCUUUCUCAGUGAUCGAUUUGAAAGCAGUCAUGAGAAAGAAAAUGAUAUGGUUCAAAAAAUAGACAUUGAUGUAAGUCAUCUUAAUGCUGAAUAGUGUAAUUUUUCAGUGUUAAAAUAGUUUAUGCCAUCACAGCUUAUGCAGACACAGCUUACGCAAACUAUAAGUAAGCCUAUUAAUAUUUAUAAAUGGUGUGAAGCUAUAAAACAUCACCGACCAGCCAGACACAGCAACACUAGGUCAACAAUUAGGGCGAGUUUGGGGUAUAUGUUUGUUUGUUUAGUUUUUUGUUGUUUGAAAUGUUCAUUAUUCUUGCAAUUCCAUUCAGU